AUAUUCCCAGCCAGGAAGGACACAAACGGCCUGAGAAUACCUGGGUGAAGACAGCAGGGUCUGAAGGGCGGUCCACUCCCAACUGAGAGACAGCACCAGAAAACUCAAAGAAACAAAUCCAGACCAAGAAACCAAGGUUGCUAAGAGACCACCUGUGCUGAACGCACUUUGUUCUAGCAACGGCAGACAGAGAGAAAACCAGGGAGCAGUGCUGCUACCGCCACCUGGGAUUAAGUCAGGGAGCAGAAGCAUUCUGGAUAUGGCAAGCAAAAACUGGAUAUUAAUUUCUACCACUACUCCCAGAAGUCUGGAAGAUGAAAUUGUGGGAAGACUUCUAAAAAUUUUGUUUGUUAUCUUUGUUGACUUAAUGUCUAUUAUGUAUGUUGUUAUAACUUCUUAAAAAGCCAACUUCCCUUACUUUACGUGUAAAUUUCAUAUUGCAUACCAGUGAAUAAAAAGUUGUA